CGUCGGACCGCCGCCGCAGCCGCACGCUCGCGACCUGUUUGAACUAAAAGCUCGACUUGUUGCGAUCGCCACCUGUUAACUAACUAAUGGAGGCACCGUGAACACCAGCGUGGGCCGCGAUGCCGCGGUGCUACAUGGUGAAGAAAGGCACCCAGCGGCACGCCGGGCCUCCGCCCCGUAGCCCCACUGAAGCAUGCGUCGCGCCGCCCUGCUACAGUCCAACAGAACAUGCCGCACACACAGAGCCUCGGCCGGCGCAGUACGCGGAGCUGGGCAGCGCGCCGCUGUCAGAGCGCUCCGCAGCUGACACGGAGGCGGCACACGAACUGUUGUCUUUGGCUCAAAGCGUGCCGCCCCUGCCGCCCGCCGCCGUCGUCACACUGCUGCAAGCGCCCGAGCCUACACCCCUCGUGCCAGUCUACACCUACACUCUGCAGCCGACCAACAUCUACAUCCUUUCCGAAGAGCCGCCCGAGCCAACUAUCUACCACGCUGUUCAAACGGUCACCCCUAUACAGACCGUCGAGUACGCAGCCAUUGAGCCGCAAGUUAAUUAUGUUGCUUAUCAACCCCAGAUACCGCUUGAGUAUGUCACUGAUUGCCGAGGACAACUCUUGCCACCGCCGCCGCCACCGCCACCGCCACCGCCACCACCACAACCGCAACCAGAAACAUCACCGCCGGACCCUAAACCUGAACCGAAAUCCGAACCUCGAGAUCCACCUCAGACACCUCGAGCUCCGCAGUCACCAUCAACAAAGGACAAGGCUGCUAAAUAUGACUGCAACGAGUGUGGCAAGCGGUAUGCCACUUCCUCAAAUCUAUCGCGUCACAAGCAGACCCACCGCAGUCUUGAUUCUGUGGCGGCGAAGCGAUGCCCAGAGUGCGGUAAGGCUUACGUUUCCAUGCCAGCUUUGGCAAUGCACGUGCUGACUCAUCGCAUGGGUCAUAUAUGUGGUGUGUGCGGCAAGCAUUUCUCUCGGCCGUGGCUCCUGCGAGGCCACGUGCGCUCACAUACAGGAGAGAAGCCAUACAACUGUGCUUCCUGCGGCAAGUCAUUUGCCGAUCGCUCUAACCUGCGGGCUCAUCUGCAGACGCACUCUUCGGAUAAGAAAUACGAAUGCUCACGCUGCCACAAGUCGUUCGCUCUCAAGAGCUAUCUCAACAAGCAUCAGGAGGCGGCCUGCGUGCGUUCCGACGACGAGUAAUCGAUUGCAACGAAAGAUUUCUCUAUGAACUUCUUUACAUCUUUGUAUUGAUCGAACAAGAGUAUUUAUAGGGUAAUGGAUUCUCAAUUUCGACGGCCACGUCAAUGAAAUAAUAAGCAAUAAUAAUGUACCUAAAUCGUUAUGGCUCUUUCCAUAAUUUUAAAGUUUGAAAUGUUUAAGAAUGUUGUAUUUUUUCAAUUAUAAACUAGUCGGACACCGACGGGUAACGUGUCAAUUUAUGGCAGGAGCCUGCAAUAUUACAGCGUAGGUUAACGUUUACAUAGUAACGUUUAGAUAAGGAAGCGUCACACAAACGCCGUGGGACGCAGCUAGUUGCUAGUUACGGUGAUACGUAGAGACUUAAUGAAACCGUCGAGCUGUGGUACAAAGAGAGCAAUAAAAUAACGCGCGUAGAAUGCAAGUGUUAGUUCGCACGAGUAGCGUGCCAGUAGAGGCGAGAGGCGAUGGACCAAGCUGUAGCCGCGCACGCCGACUCAUCCGCGCGCGACACGUCGCAACCCACCCAAACCCACGCAAACCUACUCAUAUCGAUAUGUAAAUAUAAAACGUUUACACAUAAGUAAUUUGUUCAAGCAUUCCCUCUAUAUGAGUAGGUUUCAAUAUAAGUCGUUGAAAGAAGCAAUUCGAUAAACGGUCGACCGAUAACGCUUUCCCGAAUACUCAAUAUACUAUUAAAAAUAUGAUUGCAUUGAAAAUAAAUAAUACGGACUUUAAAAAAUAGAGAUACCCGUCAUUGAUAGUAAUAGUAUUAAGCAUGUUUACAGUAGGUACAUUCAUUGAAAAUGCAUAUCGUACAGCGUAGAAUGUUAACGUUUUUAAGAAAGUUAGUUAAGGAUUUUCAUUGGAGGUUCAAGAAACUCAUUUAUGUAAAGAACUUUGACAUAUUUACAAUAUUAAUACUUUACAUAUUUUUUUUUACUUCGUCAACUAAUCCACGACUCUUGACAAAUCAAAUAAUUUACUCUCAAUAACAAACAAAUUUAAACAUAAUUAAAUCUACUUUUACGUGUGAAUAUCUUGUUUUUUGUAUUGUGGUUUUAUUAUUAUUGACGUUUCAAAUACUUUACAGUUUUCGGUCGACCACCAACAAGAUUGAACCGUAAAAGUAGUCUUAAUUAAGUUUCGCGGUUCGCAAAAAUCAAAGGGUAUACAAGACCAAAAGAAAUAAGAAAUAACCCAGCUUUUACGUUCACGCUACAAAUUAUUUUCAAGUGUACUUGUCCAGAAAGGUAUUGAUCAAAAACAUCUAUUUUAAAAUUGGAUGUUUUGUCACUCACUCGCAAUAGAAUUCUCGCUCACAAACUUACUCGGUGAAAGGAACUGAAACGACUGUAAAACCAGUCCACUUCUUUUAUAACGUCAAAGAUAUCCCGGGGAUUUGACGCCAAAGCAAACGAAGCUUGUUGCAAUGCUCCAUACAUCCAGACCAGCUUAAUGAGAUCGCCCCAAAUAUUACGUGUAGGAAAUUCCACUGGUUUUGAAAUUUUUCAAUUCAGAAUAUAUUUUAAAACGUAGUAUUCGAAUGUUUGAGAAUGAACAUUUCACCUAUUACUGAUAUAAGGAGUUGGUUAUUUUUAAGUUUGCUUUUGAAAUACGGCUUUUUAAGAGUACAGAUGCAUAUUGUAUCGGAAUAGAAUGAGUGAAA